AUGUGGAUACCUCUGGAGCCUAGUAAAGAUCAAAAGAAGACUUCAUCAACCACCACCGAAAUCAGCGGAGGCCCAACCAAUGUUACCUUGGAUAGUAGCCCACCACCAGAUAACGGCGAAAAUCGGCUCUUCUCACAAACUAAAGAUUGUCAAAUGCCUAUUAAUAAUAGUGACAUUCCUCCUGCAAUAGAAGCCCCUUUUGCGGCCAAUAUAAUCACACUUUUUAUGCCCUGUCAGCAGCGCUUCCCUGUAGAUAUUGAGCAGACCUUCUCGGAGACUAUGACUACUCUUCGUCUGCCAGCUGCACGAAUCACUAGUCUGGCUCGUGCUCAACGUCUCAUUAGUCAACUUGAGGCACAAUGCAGGGCUCGGUUGGCGCGUCUAGCCUCCAGUCUUGGUCUUGGCCCCCUGCUCGAAUCUGGUCCGGAGGCAGUGGCGACAGCCGGAGCCACCGGCUCUACUGAUGUUGAUGAAGAAAAUGAUAUGGAGGUUGAUGCGGAUGCGGACGAUGCAGAUGAUGCUGAAGAGACCGAAUUCACUUUCUGUGAAGGGGAUUUAGAUGAGUUCAGCAGAGUAGUAGGUCAGCCUCGUGUUGCUGGUAACACGAAUCAGUCAAUUAAACAAGUAGAUCAGGACGAGCAUGAUCGGACCAUAACGGGAAAAUCAGCCAGGGCUCAGUCUACCAGUGAAAGCGUUGGUUCCAUGUAUGAACAUUUAAAUAAGACACUCAGUACGGCUACGAAGCAAAUUUCUGGCCGGUUAGGAAAGCAUGUGUCUGGACGGAAGUCAGCUCAUAUCGGUAUGACGAAAAUAGAUGAGGAACCAGGUUCGUUAUUUGCUUGUAAUGGUAUUAUUAUUGCCUCAUUUUAA